AUCUUUCUCUUUUUCUUUCUAAUUCCCUUCGCAACACUGAUUCUCUCUCACAGAACUCUCUCUCUCUGUCACACACACACACACAUACACACACACGAUCCUUCUGCGUUUAGGGUUUUUGAUGCUCUUUCUCUCGACGUUCUCUAAUGGUAGCGCAGCGUAGUUCGAGUUACACGUUCUUCGCAUGAUCUCUUGGUUUUACCUGGCGUAGUGCUAAUGGAGUUUGGAAUGGUAUGAGUUGGAGCCUUUCUUUGGAGUAGUUUCCUAAAAGUUUUCAUAGCUACAUGGCUCGGAAGGGUAAUCAGCAGAAGAAUGGAGUGGACCGUCAGGGAUUGAAUCACAAAAAGGGGGUUUCUGAUAGUGUGCUUCCGGGAAUGAAGGGCCAUGUUAAAGGAGGGCCGGUGAAGGUUUUCCCGAGAGAGGACCUCACUGACGGUGAUAGCGGUGUUGCGCGGACUGCAUGUGAUGCCAGUUCUUCAGGUGAUGACUUUAACAAUGAACAUAAGUCUGAAAAUAUUUCUCUGAAAGAGAAACAAGGGAUGGCUGGAAAGCAUGACCUGGAGGAGUCCUUGCCCUUUGAGAGAGAUUCGAGGGAUGACAGUUUGAAUUCCGAAGGUUCAGUACAAGAAGAAAAUGGGUCUUUACCUAGAAGUGAUCAAGGUCUUCAGAGUAUAAAUAGUAGAUUGAGCUGUAUACUGGAUAGUUUGCACCUGAAAAGUGUGGUGGAUAAAGUAGACCUUGCCGAUAAUGUGAUAAUUAGAAGAUUAAGGUUUUCACUGUUUUCCAUGUUCACAGCAAUUUCAGAGUGGCUAACCAGGCAGACUCCAUUGUUUGUAUCUCUUAGAACCAUCAUGUUUAAAGCCUAUCAUGAUUUCAGAACGAAAGUUGUGCAGGCAUAUCCUGUUAUUCUGAAGUGGCUCAUGCAUUUUGGAAAUGUAGUGCUCCUAUUAUCAGUAUUUUGGUUGGAUUGUGCACUUCGGGGUAUUGAUUCAUUUGUACGAAUGGGUACAACGUCCUUCUUCUCUGUUAUAUGGUGUAGCAUAUUUUCUGUGAUUAGUAUGAUAGGGGUGCUCAAGUUUCUUGCUGUCGUGGGCCUGGCUGCUUUGAUUGGAUUUUUUCUUGGGCUUAUGCUUGCAAUUUUGAUUGUUGCAAUCAUUGGAGUUGUUAUCUUGUGGUUUUAUGGUAGCUUUUGGACAACGGCAUUUUUCAUCAUCCUAGGAGGAUUGGCAUUUAUGUUUAGUCAUGAACGGGUGGCACUACUUAUCACCACAGUGUAUUCUGUCUAUUGUGCACGGCUGUAUGUUGGGUGGCUUGGUUUGCUGGUGGCUUUUAAUUUAGCUUUUAUCUCUAGUGAUGUUCUGAUAUACUUCCUCAAGAAAAACAUAGAUCAACAGAGUAGAUCCAAUCCUUUUGAGCAAAGAACUGGAACGUAUGGUCAACCUGGAUUCAGUGACGGAUCAACACAUGCUUCUUCCUCUGAAAAUGGACCUGGACCAUCAGCAGAUCGCAGUGCUGGGAUCCCUUCAACUAGUGGGGUUGAUUCUGAUGUAACUUCUGAAGAUGAAGUAGUCCGUUUGUUGAACUGCUCUGAUCACUAUGCAGCACUGGGCUUGAUGCGAUAUGAAAAUAUAGAUGUUUCAAUACUAAAGCGGGAAUAUAGGAAAAAGGCAAUGUUGGUACAUCCUGACAAAAAUAUGGGUAAUGAAAAGGCUGCUGAAGCAUUUAAGAAACUUCAAAAUGCUUAUGAGAUUCUAAUGGAUUCCUUGAAGCGAAAAGCUUAUGAUGAUGAGCUAAGGAGAGAGGAGCUAUUGAGUGUCUUUCGUAGAUUUCAUGACGCAUCUGAUAAGAAUGGUAGGCAUGGAUUCUUUCCUUCAGGAUUUGCACGGUCUGAUGCAGAUGGCAAGGACCCAUUUGGUGAUUCAAGGCGAAUAGCCUGCAAAAGGUGUGGUGGUUUUCAUGUCUGGAUACACACCAAGAAACAAAAGUCUCGGGCAAGAUGGUGCCAGGAUUGCCAAGAUUUUCAUCAAGCUAAGGAUGGGGAUGGAUGGGUUGAACAAUCUUCCCAACCAUUUCUUUUUGGUUUAUUGCAGAAGGUGGAUGCUCCUUCAGCGUAUGUGUGUGCUGGUAGCAGGAUAUACGAUGCCACCGAAUGGUAUAUCUGUCAGGGCAUGAGAUGUCCAGCGAACACUCAUAAGCCAAGUUUCCAUGUUAACACCAGUUUAAUGUCCAAGAAUAAUUCUGGUAAAGGAACUAGUUCAGGUCAAAGAGGUGGGCGGAUGCCAGCACCUAAUAUCGAAGAAACCAUGACUGAGGAAGAAUUCUUUGAAUGGUUACAAAAUGCAGUCCAGGCAGGUGCGUUUGACAAUUUUAGUGGCACUGCAACAGAGAGCCCAUCACCCAAAUCUGGAAAUGGGAUGAAAAGUCCUAGUAGUAGUGGUGGUGGUGCUAGUGCUAGUGGCAGUAGCAGCAAGAGAAAGAAAAAGGGAAAAAAGCAAUGGUGAUAACCAGAUAAUGUUAUAUCUUAGUAUGGCAGUAUUGCCUUGAGCCCUACCAAGGCUUGAAAAGCAUGUAAGUUUCGAAGCCGCUAUCUGUUAAAUGAAGCCCCAAAAAUUGAGUUGGAGCCACAUUGUACAGCGUUGUCUUUCUCGAAAGUGUAGAUUUUGUUGUCCAAUAAAGUUUUUGGUAAUCUUUUAGCCUUUUUAA